AUGAAGAUUACCGCCAUUGCCAGCAGCAUCGCUGCCUUGUCCACCCUCGCUCAAGCAUCCAUAAACCUCAGCUACGAAAAACCCGCCUCCGGAUCAAUUGUCUCUCACAGCGAAGUCCGCGUAGCCUGGGAGACAACCGAAACCUACGAUCUCAUGCUCUCCCUCGUCAAACACGAACCCGACACAAACCACUGGCCCCUCGGCUACAGACCCAUGAGAACAGUAUGGAUGAAACUUCGCAUGGACGCCGGCAACGCUUCGUUCGCAUUCUGGGACAUCCCAGAGGUUGAUGGAAAAGGAUGGUAUGCUUUCGAGAUGGAAGGGAGGGAGGCCAGAGAUGACGGGAAGAUUGUGACUUUGGAUAGGACGUUGACGGAGUGGUUUCCUAUCCAUAAAGCUGGCAAAUAUCCUAAGGGUGGUGAGAGAGCUCAAGAGGAGUUGAAGGUUUGA